UGGUUUGUCCUCACAGGAAAUGAGGUGGAGUGUGUUGCCCGGUACAGUCUGUGUACUAAAAGCCAUGAAGUUGUCAGCAGCAAUAAAGAGUAUGCACACAAAUAAUUGUAUCAUGACUUUAAAUGCCAUGUGUCUCAACGCUGUCAGUGAACAGUUGGAUGUUUUGGGGACAACAGCGAUACUUGGUCUUCCGGAGAAACUUCUAAGAGAGCUUCUUCCCUAUUUGGAUGUGAUCCAGCUGGAUGAGCUCCAAGCAGGCCUCAACCUCAAAGGAAUAUCCACGCUCUCUUCAUGGGUGGAACUCUCCGGGCGAUUGCAAGGCAGGGGCAAAAAGUCCCAGGUUCACACGGAGCAAGACGUGAAACAAGCAGUCAUGGAGCAGAUAUUUGCCACCGUCAUCAACGACUGGCACCUUUCUUCCACUGUUUGGAAGCAUUUAAACACCUCAACCUUGUUUUUGGCGGCAGCUAAAAGCAUCAACUCCCUGACACUGUCCUCAGAGCACAACUUUGAGGUCAACUUUGUAAGCAAAUGUCGACAGACGCCCGUUCUCAGCGUUCUGGAGAAGACGGUGACUAAGCUCACAUUGUGGUUGGAGAAGACUGAGCCCAGGGAGAAGGAGGAGUUACUGAUGGGCAUCAUCCAUCGCCUGGUGCAACAUGGCGUCACCAAACAUGUCAUUCUACGCACCUGUGAAGAUAGCCUCUUAUCUAAAGUGCUGUUGGCUGGAGGAUGUCUGAGCGGGGGACGCACCCGCGAUGAUGAUGAAGAAGAGGACAAAGAAGGCCCCCCGGCAAAGAAGCACAAAUACGUUUUUUGUGAAAAAGUCCCGACUUACACAGAGUGUUCAAAAAGAGCCUUUGAACAUCUGGAACUGGUGGACUGUACAUCCAGUCUCUAUUGGAAGCUGACGGAAACACUUCCUUCCUGCUCCAACCUGACGUCUCUGACGCUGCGCAGCCACAAAGGCUUUUCAUUUCUGGACGUGAUGUUCCUCGCCCGGGCGCUGAAGGCCCGAUGCUCCCACGUGUCCCUCAGACGUCUGUCCAUCGAAACGCUGAAAUGCCCGUCGCUGCUGACCGACCUGUUGCACGCCUGCCCCCGGCUGACGGAGCUCAACGUGACAUUCGAGAGCUUCUCUGUGGACAAUCAGCCGCUGACGGGCGACACGGGUGAACUUCCGCUGAAGCGCCUGUCAGUCAAACUGACCCAGCAGAUGGCCACGCCCACCUUCCUCUUGCCCGUGCUGAGACGCUGCCCCUGCCUGGUGAGGCUGCAUGUACAAGCCGUGCGCCUGCAGAGCCAGCACUCUCACAAGCAACUGCUCAGCAUGCUGUCAGAGUGCAAUGGCCACCUGACAUGUCUCCACCUGGAGAACCUCAACAUGUCUGAUUGUCUGCACGAGAUCCUUAACGUCGUGCGAGCGUGCAAGCUGGAAGAGCUCCGCCUUCACGACUGCCGCCUCCUGGAAGAGCAGAGCAAUAAGCAGGAGUCUUUGCGGCUUCUGGUGGGCGCCCUGAAGGCGGCGCCGUCCCUGCGCAAGCUCAUGUUGUCUCAGAACCGCCUCGCCUGCGACGUGCACGUGCUGGCGGAACUCUUCUCUGGACCAACGCCGAGCUCGGUGGAGCACCUGGAUGUUCGCCUCAACUCCAUCAACCCGGUGGACCUGAUGCACUUGGCCGAGGCUAUGACGGCGUGUCCCCCGCCGCGCCAUCUCACCCUCGACCUCAGGGAAAACCUGGGAGACCAUGACAAUGAUGAAUGGAAUGCCGCGCUGGACAAGCUCCGCCCACUCUGUCAGACGUUGGUCAACAGCAACAUGUAACAAGGCCACGAGUCAGCAGGAGUGUUUCAUUCAAUAAAAGCGUUGUCUCUUGCUCAGAUAAGGCGACACAA